UAACCACAUCACAACAUUCACUGUAGCCAACGACCCCGAGAGAAAGACAGCUCUCGUAUUACCUUCCCUUACAACAACACAAAAAAACAAAAGAAAAUGAUAGAGUUGUAGCAGUAAUAGGUCACCACACAAGGCAGCGUCAAUAACCCCAUCACAUUCAAGUAUCAAGACACCUCUCCACCCGAAACUGACCUCUCUUUUGGCCUCUCAACUAUAUCUACUCUCUUAUAUUGGGGCCGUGAAUAUCGGGCUCUUUUUCUUUUCUUUCUCUCUGUCUCUUUUUUUUACAACAAAGGAGACAGCUCAAGGGCACACACACAAAAAAGGAAACAAUAAUAUAAAAAAAAGCCCGCUAAUCGCUGCUCCUAAUAUCUGCCCUUGAUCUGUUCCCUUUACUGCAAAAAAAUAAACUAACAAACCGGUCACUAAGGCCAACGACCCCGAGAGAACAACAGCAACCCUCUUUCCACCCACCAUGCAGACUUCGGGAGGUUGAGGCCUCGAAGAACAUGGACACGCUCAGCAACAUCGCAAUGAAGGCAGGGGUGUGGCGGAAGUCCCUCCUACCGGGCGAAGGAAAAUUACAGAGCCCGUCCACAAGGUCACUGCUCAACGGGGUCAUACCGAAGGGGAUCGUGGACCUCGAGAAGAUUGAUUUGCGCGCUUCAGCAGGCCGCGUCUCGGAGGAUGUGGUGGACGAGGAGGAGGAGGGAGAAGAAGAGGAGGAGGGUGAAGUGGAUGACGGGGAGCCGGUGUUAGGGGAGGAAGAGUAUCGAAGGCUUCUCUACCCUCAGACGGAGCUCAUCUGUAGAGGCCGCGUGGAAAAGCAACUUGUCCUGAUAACGUUCCUGACGCGGCGCCUUCGUGAGUCCUUCAACAAGAGGUUCGACGCCAUUCACCAGAGGAAGGAGCGAGUCAUUGAGGAAAUCAAGAGACUCACACGCAAGCGCUCUCAGCUAAAGGAAGAACUGGUCAAGAUACGAGAGGAGGAAAAGGGGGAAGGAGACUUGAGCAGAAGGCAAAGCAGGGAGGAGCACCAGCAGAAGGGGGAGGAGGACGACCUGGGUGAGAAGAAGAAGAACAACGAAGAAGAGGAGGAGGAGGAGGAGGAGGAUUAUGAACCGUCCUGGGAGAUUGAAGAAAGACCAGAACUUAUGCUGAGGGUGGAGGACUCUGAGAUCACCUCAGACGACAACGGGGAAUAUGAUGACGAGGCGCAGGUGUCCCCAGGUGUCCUACCCAGCCCCCUGCCUCCUAGCGGUCCCACGAAGCAGCAGUCUCCCCCAAGGACGCCCCCGGAGGAUAUCUUGGGGGAUCCUACAGACUUUCUCUCAGGGGCUUGGGCUGGGACUGGGGAAGGGAGCAAGGAUGACUCUCGUGCCUUCCUUGAGGUGAGUCUGAAAGGAAUGACGUGUAGCGCAUCGGUCAAGACGGGAGUGGACGUGGGCGGAGGCGCGGGCGUGGCGGGAGUGGAGGGCGAGGCAGGAGCAGGAAGUGAGGGAGCGCCGGGCCCACCUCACCACCCUCGUCCUGCAGCUUGA